UAUGUCAAUCUUAUUCAAGAACGGAUCCAGUCGAGGGCAACCAGCCAAUCAACGUGGCUUCCGCUCCCAGCCGAAUAGCUAAGCUAGCUACGUAGCUAUUAUCUGCAGUUUAACACCAUUGUAAACGUCUUUAAUAUCACAAAAGAUACAUGAGUUUUUGUAUACUUUGUCUCUCUUUACCAGGAAUCUGUAAGGACGUCACAGUCCACGGAAGCCGCGUUCCACGUUGAGCGUGUUUUCCCCGAAUUAGUAAGCGCGUCGAUGUUCCUUUCGGGCCUGAAAACUGGUAACUCAGGGAAAGUGAACGAACGCUAAAAAAAAAAAAAAAAAUUGAGAAAACGUAUUUAUCCUUCAAAGGAGUCGAGAUUCUUCAAAAUGAGAGGCUCGUAUGGAGACCGAGAUCGAGACCGUGGCCGUGACAGAGGGAGCCCUCGUUACGGGUCCAGCAGAGGCGGCCAAUCAUCAAUUAAAAAAUUCGGCAGUCCCGGUGAACGCCUACGGAAGAAAAGAUGGGAUCUAGAUGAACUUCCCAAAUUUGAGAAGAACUUUUACACUGAGCACCCGGAAGUACAGCACAUGAGUCAGUACGAGAUUGAGGAGUACAGAAGUAAGAAAGAAAUCACUAUUCGAGGUUCAGGCUGCCCAAAGCCCGUCACUGGCUUCCAUCAAGCUAAGUUUCCUCAAUAUGUCAUGGACGUCUUGAUGCAGCAAAACUUCAAGGAGCCAACAGCCAUUCAGUCUCAAGGAUUUCCUCUAGCCCUAAGUGGAAGAGACAUGGUGGGAAUUGCACAGACCGGCUCAGGAAAAACUCUGUCGUAUCUGUUGCCAUCCAUUGUGCACAUCAAUCAUCAGCCUUACCUGGAGCGUGGAGAUGGACCCAUUUGUUUAGUUCUGGCCCCUACAAGAGAACUGGCACAGCAGGUCCAGCAGGUGGCGUAUGACUAUGGGAAAUCAUCUCGUAUCAAAACCACUUGUGUGUAUGGGGGUGCUCCCAAAGGACCUCAGAUCCGCGAUCUAGAGAGAGGGGUUGAAAUUUGCAUCGCCACUCCAGGGCGCCUGAUAGACUUUCUUGAAGCAGGCAAGACCAACCUGCGGCGUUGCACAUAUUUAGUUCUGGACGAGGCUGACCGCAUGCUGGACAUGGGAUUUGAACCCCAGAUUCGCAAAAUUGUGGACCAGAUCAGGCCGGAUAGACAGACACUAAUGUGGAGUGCCACCUGGCCAAAAGAGGUACGUCAGCUGGCUGAAGACUUCCUUAAAGACUACGUACAGAUCAAUGUUGGCGCGCUUGAACUCAGUGCGAACCACAACAUCCUUCAAAUUGUUGACGUGUGCAUGGAUAGUGAAAAGGACAACAAGUUGAUGCAACUGAUGGAGGAGAUCAUGGCUGAGAAAGAGAACAAGACUAUCAUCUUUGUGGAGACCAAGAAGCGAUGUGAUGACCUCACACGUAGGAUGAGACGUGAUGGGUGGCCAGCAAUGUGCAUUCAUGGUGACAAAAGCCAGCCAGAGAGAGACUGGGUGUUAUCAGAGUUCCGCAGUGGCAAAGCUCCAAUCCUCAUCGCAACCGAUGUGGCUUCCCGUGGUUUGGAUGUGGAAGACGUAAAGUUUGUCAUCAACUACGACUACCCCAAUUCUUCGGAGGACUACAUCCAUCGGAUCGGACGCACGGCCCGCAGCAAUAACAAAGGCACGGCGUACACUUUCUUUACUCCUGGUAACCUCCGUCAGGCUCGUGAUCUGAUCAGAGUUCUGGAGGAGGCCAGGCAGGCCAUCAAUCCCAAACUGCUUCAGCUGGUUGACACUGGACGUGGAGGAGGCGGAGGUGGCCGCCCCCGUUUCCGAGGCAGCUCCAAUUCCAACAAUCCCAACCUCAUGUACCAAGACGAGUGUGACCGGCGAAUGCGCUCAGUGGGCGGAGGCGGCGGGAGCAGUGCCAAAGAUGGCCGCGGGAGCAGCAGCAGCAGCAGCUACAGCCGUGACGGCCGUGAUAGUCGAGGCGCGAGCAGCCGGGAUGGGGACCGCCUGUCGUCCUCAUCGUCUUCCUCGUCUUACAGGGACCGCAGCAGUAGGAACGGAGGACGUAGCUACGACUCCAGUUCCAGCACCAGCUCGUACCAGAAGGCCAGCAGUACGAGCCAGUACGGGGGUCCCAGGGGCAGCUCCGCACCCGUGGGAGGCGAAGUGGGGCCAGUCCCGCCGUCCUUGUCAGGCCCCCAACCUCUCAUGGCCCAGCAGUUCAAUCCACCUCAGCCCGUGAUGGGCAUGAUGGGGCACUCUGCUUACCAGUUUGCUCAACCACCACCACCGCCCCCCCCUCCCCCUCCUCCUCCGCCUCCCCCUCCUCUUCCUCCUGGUAGGAUGUAAACCACACCCACUCACUGAGACUUGAUCAUGAGCCAGUCUGUCCGCUUUCCUCCUGAUUUAUUAGGUUCAAGAUAGGUAAACAGGGCUGAAGUGCAAAAAAAUGAAAUAAUGACUAUUAAUUAUCUGCAAAUACAAAUGGCAAAUUUGACUGGGCGAGAUUGUUUCCGUACAAGUAAAUUCAGCUUGCCUCAUUAACCUCGACUAAUGUCUUAAAAGUAGUGUAUUUGUACUACCUUCAUGUUUUGUCGGGGGAACCUAUCCUUUGUUAUUCCCCGGAAAGACUCAUCUAUUCACAACGUCGGUAUUGCAUAGUCGCAGUCUGGUUGCAUCUUGCUGUCCAGGAAACAGUUUGAAGUCGGUUGAGGAGCUUCAUUUAGGCAUAAGUCGUCAUUUGCUGCCAUCUUGUAGGGGAGGGCAUUCAUUAUCUCAUUAUCGGAGUUUUUGCAUUUAGCGGUAGAGGGUUCACCGUAUUGCUUGUGGCUGUACCGAAUAAAUCAAAGUAUAUUUUGUAGAGUAUAGUGGUACGUAGAGUUAGCAUUGUACACUGUUAGGUGGCUGUAUUCAAACUGUGGUAGUAUUUUUUUGGGUCUGAAACAUUUGAAUGUGUUUAUACUUUCUACUUUUUUAUUAUUAUUAUUUUUCUGACAGCAACUACAAGAUUACAGAACAUUGAAAUUGAGUGUGUUGAAAGCUUUGGGACUAUGAAUGCAUCUCGACCAGAUUAAAUCAUAGUUCCACGACUCUGUAAACGUUAUUACUUUGUAGUGUUUCAUUUAGCAUGUUAAAAUUUUUUCUUUCGCCACUUUGUGUUUAUUAAUCUUUGAGAAGCUUUGUAUUCUGUGUGGUCAAACCUUUGUAGCAGUGAUGUUGAUCAUUGAUGCAUUUUUGUCACCAAUUAAAGAUCUUGUUUGUGUUA